UCGGGAAUCGUAUUUUCUUUCCGAAGUGUGGAUAUCUAUUUUAUUCGCACCCUAUUUUCUGCUGUUACAUGAACCAAAUGAAGCCUUACCUCCAUUGUCAAAGAGGCAUAAGAAGAAGAAAGUAAUAAAGUCAUGCUUUCAACCCCAUCCCCCAGUGGCAUACAAAAAAAAAGGGACACUUUCACUAUUGGAUAACUGGCUGUUGGGAUAUGGGAAUUUCUCAUUGUUGAUGUCGAGCUUGCAUAAAGAACCAUAUGGAAGUGGUGGGAGACAAGACGAAACUAUAAAAAAAGGGCUGUGUUUGUUGGAGCUAAGACGCGCUGGGAUGGUGCAGUGGGGUGUCUGUGCACCAGUUGCUUCUGUUGACCAGUAUGAGGAAAAUAACCCUCAAAUUGCAUCUUCCUUUGUCAAAGAAGAGCAGAAGGAUGAUGAGGAAGCUUUGAAAGCAGCAAUUCUUGUGUCGCCUAAAUUGCAGAAGAGGAGACGCCUUAAUCUCUGCCAACUUAGAGAAGCUAGAGCUGGAAGAUGUCCAAGGAAAAAGCAAACUAGCUUUCGUAAGCAAAUUAAGCAUGAUAAUUAUAUACCCAGCAAAAAGGAGAAUUUCAUAGCCAGAUGGUCCACAGAGAGGUAUAAGCUGGCAGAGAAAUGUAUGUUGGAUGUCAUGAAGGCUGAAGGGGCUGUGUUUGAGAAACCUAUUUCUCGGCCAGUGCUGAGAGUGGCAGCUCGUAAACACAUUCCUGACACUGGGCUCUUGGACCAUCUACUGAAGCACAUUGAUGGUAAAGUGGCACCAGGUGGCACUGAGCGGUUUCGCCGGUGUUAUAACACUCAAGGGGUAAUGGAGUAUUGGCUGGAGAGUGCUGACUUGGUCAAAACAAAGCAUGAGGCCGGGGUACAAGAUUCAAAUUGGGUUCCUCCAUCUCGGUGGAAGCCUGGUGGUGUUGCCAGUCCAGAGUCUGUUUCUGCUGGAGAAUUGACACUGCUUAAAGAGGAAAUAGCAAAUUUGAAGAGGGAUAUGAAUGAGCUGUUAUUGAAGAACCAAGAGCAAAGUCAAGUAAAUCCAGUCGAGGAGAUGUUCAAUGAACUGAUGAAAUGGAGAAGACAGACUGAUCAAUGUCUGAUGGAGAUCUCAAGUUCUUUGACUGGCAUUCAGGACAUGUACGGAGAUUUGAUGAUGUGGAAGUCCAGAACUGAACAACAGCUUAUGGAAAUUUCAAAUUCAGUAAGCAGUAUGGGGGCUCCAAAUAAAUGCACCACCUUCAGUCCAGUUUCUGAAAGAUGGGAGGACUGGUUGGAGAGCACCAACUUGGAUAAUAUUCAGGGUGAUUUUGCACCAUGGUUGGGGAGCACCGAUUUGGUUAAUGUUGGGCAAGAUGCUCCAGUGCAGGAAUGUUCUGCUCUACAACAGUGGUUGAAACCUUCUCAUAGUCCCUCUCGGGAACCCAUUUGCACUAGAGAGCUGGAAUUGCUCAAGGAAGAAAUGGCAAAAGUGAAAAGAGAUGUGCAAGAUCUGCUACCCAAGAGGGUGGAAGAUGUUCAAGCUACCAUCACCCCUGAUCUGUCUGCUACGAACAAUUUGAAGUUUGAUUUUCACAAUCCCUUUCUUCUUUUUCAGGAAAUGUUCAAGGAGUUGAUGAAAUGGAAGGCUAAGAUGGAGGAUGAGAUGCUGGAGAUUUCAAAUUCUCUUAGUACUUUGCAGUCAUCAAAGCAAUAUGCUGCCUGAAGCCCUUGAAUGGAAGUUAGGAUAGGAUGUUAGUUCAUUAGCUUUGAAGAGAAUUAGUUCUUCUCUCUAGGAUUAGAUCUUGUACAGGUUUUACAGGCUGAAAUAUGAGUCUCCAUUUGACCUUUCAGCCAUCUGAUGAAGCUUACCUAAACCCCAACUUACAUAUGAGCUGCUAAUUUGGUUCUGCGAUGUCAGGUAAUGGAUGAAGCUGUUCAAAUUAUAUUUGUCGUUCACCCUGACACAAGUAUUUUCUAGGCAUGUUUAUUUAUAGUUUUUACCCCUUUAAUAUUGUAAUAUACACAUUUAUUUUCUAUAGCACAUGGAAUUGUGAUUC